ACGGCUGACAAUGGCAUUGGCAGAUAACGAUUGAGAUUUCCUUAUUAGUCAUGGUAUUUGAUUGAUUAACUUGCUAUGCAGCAGAUGCCUAUGAUGGGUAUUUAGUGUCUAGUUUAAACAAUGCCAUUCUUGGGCAUUUGUUUUGAGCCUAAUUCAUAAAAUAGGCUCACUUUAACCUAACUUCCGUCUUUCUUGUUGUUCUUCAUGGCUAUGGCGGCUUUUCACAGGCAUUGCGCGCGGAGCUUCCACUCGAGCGCGCUCCUGGAGGCCGCGUCGGCCAAGGUUUUGCGAAAGCCCGGAAAGCUCGCGAAAAAGAGCCUGCACAACAAGAGCAACAAGGAAUUCGACCCGGAGGCGGCCUCCAAGCGAUUGCUCCGGCUGCUGGAGCUCAAGGAAAGCUUGCGGAUCGAGGUGGAGGGGCUCAACAAUCUGCUAAAGCUGCCCAAGGGCGGCGCCACGGAGAUUGCUGGGCUUAUGUGCCGCGAGGAGAUGGAGCAGUGGUACGCGCGCAAGCGAUCGGAGGAGCUUGCCAGCCUCAAGAGCAUCAUCGCCGAUGCGCUGCGCGAGGACGAGAGGAGCAUCGCCAGCGCGGUGAAUCGCUGCGAGGCCAAAUUGGACGCAUUGAUCGGCAAGAAGGACGAUCGACUGUUGAGGAAACUGUCGAGGUUCUGGUAUGGGCCGUGAGAGAGAGAGAGAGUGGGGAUUGUUUAAACUGUUCUUGAUCCAACGGCUGUCAUUGAUA